CAAGAGUUUAACGUCGUGGGAUUUUGCCUUUGGCUUUGCCCUGAUUUUAUUUGAGCCUGAUCGACAAGAUUUAUUAUUUACAAAUUCCAUCUGGCUCCAACUUUGAUUAGCAACAAACAUGUCUUCAAAAUCAGUAUUAAAGCUGGCCCUGGUGCAGAUGGCCGUAUCGGCUAACAAGAGUGAGAAUCUCAGUCGAGCUGUAAAGAUGAUUGGUGAGGCUGCCAAGGCCGGGGCUAAGAUUGUUACACUUCCUGAAUGUUUCAAUUGUCCAUACGGCACCCAGUUCUUCGCGGAAUACGCAGAGAAAAUCCCAGGCAACUCAACCCAAACACUUGCUGAAGCUGCCAAAGAAAAUAAAAUAUUUGUGGUAGGAGGUUCCAUCCCUGAGGAAAGCGAGGAUGGUAAGGUCUAUAACACAUGCACCGUCUAUGACCCAUCAGGAACCUGCAUAGCUAAACAUAGAAAAAUCCAUUUGUUUGACAUUGACGUGCCUGGAGGAAUUACUUUUAAAGAAUCUGAUGUGCUUAGCCCAGGAUCAGACCUGACUACAUUCACUGCAGAAAAUGUAAAAGUUGGUGUUGGGAUCUGUUAUGAUAUGAGAUUUGCAGAGUUGGCUCAACUGUAUUGCAAAAGAGGCUGCCACCUAUUGCUGUAUCCAGGAGCAUUCAAUAUGACGACAGGCCCCGCCCACUGGGAGCUCCUCCAACGAGCAAGGGCCCUUGACAAUGAACUGUAUGUUGCGACUGUUUCUCCAGCUAGAGACGAAAAAGCAAGCUAUGUUGCAUGGGGUCACAGUACAGCGGUUAACCCAUGGGGAGAACCAAUAAGUAAGGCAGGAUCAGAGGAGGAGAUCAUCUAUGCUGACAUUGACAUCGCAGCUAUAGAGAAAAUGCGAACCCAGAUACCCAUAAUGCAUCAGAAAAGACCAGAUCUUUACGAAAUUAAGGAUAAGAGUGAGAAGUAAAUUGGCAAUCAGGCAGUGUUGGAGAUAAUUUUUUGUUUGUUAGGGGAUAUUGUUUGCCACAUUGGGGCAAUUACUGACUUUUCAUUUCAAGGGCUACUUUUUUGCUCAAAGAGCAAUUAAACUGUUAAAGCUUAUUUCAUUAUUAUGCUGUAUGUGGAUGAUUGAUUUUCUAAAUGUUCUUGAAUUAUGUUUGUGGCAGAUUUUUGGGGCAACUUUAGAAGAGAUGGUUCGCUGGCGGAGAGGAUUAUCCUUUGUUCAUGGGGGGAGGGGUGCAUCUAUUGCUGCGUCCCCCCCAUACAAAAGAUAUUCAUCCGCUCUGACGUCCAAGCCCCAAAGUAUACAAGUUUGCAAAUUUUAGCACUCCCAUGUAUUAUAACCUCUGCUGCAGUGCAGCCAUUUUAAUUGAGCGUGGGUGUACCACAACCAUGCGCUCAUGUCUAUAAUGAACAUGGAGCUAGUCAUUCAAUCAUGCACAUACCACAUCAACUAAUUGGCUUGCAUUCUUUUUGUUGUAUAAUCUUGAAUUGAAUUUAGCUAUAAAAGCUGGGGGAGAGUAAUUAUAUGCAGCAGUAAAAAGAAACAAUAUUUUUAAAACAUUAAUGAAAUAUAUAAGUGCAUAUCAUUAUUAUUCGUUCUUAACCUUAUUAAAUAUAUCGUCUAGUAGUGGGGUGGAGAUGUCGUCUUGGAUAUCUGAUUCCUCUGCCAGGGUGAAUGAAAAUUGCUUCAGAUUCUCAUGUUUUAUUGAAAAUUUUGUGACAUGUACUUGAGCAAGAGUGGUUCAGACUUGGCUAAAAUAUCGUCGCACGCACAACGAACCGUCCUCUCUGCGCACUUCGAUGUGAAAGUUAAGCGCACUGUAUCUAUUCCAC